UGUGAUUGUCCACGCGAGUUGGUUGGCGUUAAUCAAAAAAGGCAGUCGAUGAAACUCGCAUUAAGUGAUUAGCCGGUGAUGCGGCACGCUCGCUUGCGCCCCUCUCUAUCUAUGCCCACUAGUUGCCAACAAAGCCACCCUCCCUGUCUCUGGCAUUCAUUGUUUGAGCUGGACACGGGGCGCAUAUGCAACACACACACACUACGGCGUGGAUCAGAAUACAGAAAGCAAAGGGAUCAAUACAGCUAGCCGCUCUGCUCACUCGCUAUAACUUCUAUUAUUUUCGUCAUCCGCGCCCACUGCUAUCAGUCGCCAAGUAGGAUUCGCCCCGGAAGCACCAAAAUAAGGAAUCAGUUGAGGAGGAUAUUUAAUAAGAUUAAAUGUCGCUGGUCUCUCACUGCGUGGACACCUUUAUCAUGGAUCAGAAGAUCUCGGAACUGAUAGACAAAACGUUGCGAGCGGACCGAGGAAUCGUUGACUUUCGCAAAAUUGUCAACUCCGAUGCGAAAUUGGACCCAGCAGAAGUUCUCUUUAAAAUUUGCAAUGCGGACACCAUAAAGGAGGAAAAACGAUGUCUGUUCGCAAAAACGUUGCUCUACAAGUAUUCGCCAGAUGAAAGACACACUGUGACCAUGGCCUACCCCAUUCACCUGGUAGCGAAGAAAGGCCACUACAUGCUUUUAGCCGAGUUGCUGCACCACCCUGACCACCCAGCAAAUCCCCACGCUCUCACUGGCCACGGCGAGACAGCAAUUCACAGUGCUGUGCGAGGAGCAGCAGAGAGAAAAUCGAUCUGUGAUGACCUCGAGUACUCGGAGCACAUGGCAUACAAGUGCAUCCAGGUGCUGCUGGAAAAAAACUGCGAUCCACACGUCAGGGACAAUAUUUCAGACAAAUUCACGGCCGUCCACCUGGCGGCCAAGCACAAAUUGUGGAAAAUCGUGGAUUUGCUCCUGAGCCAGAACGUUAACGUUGAAGUAGCGAUUGGAGGCGACACGGCCAGGGAUUUGAUUAAGGUAAUUUACCCUGAGUGGAUGGAGUGCUAUGAAGGGUGCUCAGACAAGGACCAAGACUGCAGGGAUAGUUUGGUGUCCGCCUUGGAGAGCUCCAACAAGAGUGUGGAUGAAAAGGAGCAGUUCUUCAACAACUGGCUGGAAAGUAAUGCGCUGAAUCUCAAUGUCAAUGAGCCUUUCAAAGGCAGAUACACCUUACUGGAAUGCGCGAUAAGAAAUACGUUGCUUGAAGUGACACGGUGUCUGAUUGAGAAAAAAGCUGACCCGAAUCCCGCUAUUUUCACCGCCCUUGCAGCAGGAGAAAAGUACUUCGACCUUCUGAAAACAUCCGAGACCAAACUGAACCUGACAAAAAUUGUUCAGGGUAAAUGCAUGCAUACUGUCCUCCACAAGGCAGUGCUUGCGAAAAGCCCCAGCGUGAAUAUUGUAAAAUACCUUCUUGAGGAGGGUGAGCUCGGAAUGAAUUUCUUUCCCGAGUGGGUCAAUGCCCGGGACUACAAGGGUUGGACUGCCCUGCAUUAUGCCGCUAAACGGCACCUGAGCGACGUGGUAGCAAUAUUGCUGCAGUUCAAGGCGAACAUGUUUAUUUCCGACUCUUUCGGCCAGCCCGCCUUUUUACACAUGCGACCCGAGCAAAUUGAAGAGCACCUGAACGAGCAAGUGCGCCUGACAGAUGCGUCCCUGAUGGAUGACGACUACGGCGUAAUAUUCGACUUCAAUGUUCUUGCCAUCCCUCGGAGUUUGGACGGUCCAGAUGACAGCAAAAGUAAAAACAGUAAGGACGUUCAUGUUACUGUGACAAGCGAUGAGAAAAGCGAGGAAAUCACUUAUUAUCCUGAGGUAGAGCCAUUGAGGAUUAUGGCCGAUUCACCAAACCACAAGCACUUGCUGCAGCACCCUCUUAUCAGGGCCUUUCUGCGGCUCAAGUGGCACCGACUCUAUUGGUUUUAUUGGUUGAAUUGCGGAUUUUUCCUUUUCUUCACUUUGUCUUUCUUUCUCUUCGUUUUGAGCAUUGACUUCAAAAGCAUCAAUAGCGACGGCGAAUUCAUUCGCGAUGAAGAUAACUCGUCUAACAAAAGCAUCCCCAGCAAUGGAUUCCUUUACAAGCACCACAAUCUGUUUUGGGCAGUAACGUGGCUCCUUACCGGUUGUCUGGCCUUAAGGGAAAUUUUGCAACUGACAUUCCUUACGAAAAACUACAUAUACAAGUUGGAAAAUUGGAUGGAGAUGGCAUUGAUUGCCCUGACAUUUUGGCUCCUGACAUCACCUUUAAACAAAGCCCUCGCCUCUUUUCUGGCCCUUCUUGUGUCCAUGGAAAUGGUCCACCUGAUGAGUCGUCACCCGAGGCUUUCCACUUACAUCAACAUGUUUAUACAAGUGGCUCGUAAUUUCAUUAAGUUCCUGCUCUGGUACUUUUUCCUCAUAGUUGCGUUUGGCUUGUCGUUCUACAUAAUUUUCCCCAUGUGCCGCGGAGAAGAGUGCAAAUCCUUCUUCAACACUAUCCCCUACUCGAUUUUCAAGACAAUAGUCAUGAUAUCUGGCGAGUACGAGUCCGGCGAUCUCGAGUUCGACCACGUUUCCAUCGCAAGCCAUGUCAUUUUCAUCGCAUUUCUGUUCUUUAUUUCGAUCGUAAUGGUCAAUCUUCUCAAUGGAUUAGCCGUCAGCGACACGCAGCAGAUAAAAAACGAAGCCGAGACCAUUUUCUGUGUGUCGCAGGCUAAAUUUUUCGCUGAAAUAGAGACGACCCUAUUGGUGUCCUGCGGAAGCGAAAAGUCCUGCCCGUCAUUUUGCAGAUCGUUUGCGAGAACGAUGGGUGAAAAAAUUCUGCUGCUGGACAACCUGCUUGCCGAGCACGACAACAAAAUCACCGUGUACCUCAACAAGCAAAACGAAGUGAAACCUAACUUGACUUUCUGCGUGGACGACAACUGUUGUUGUGGCUGGAUGGCACUGCCAUACUGCUUACGAAAGAUUUGCAGCUCCUUCAACUCGAUUGUUAGCGAUGCCUUACAAGUGGCAAAUAAGUCUAAUGAAUUUGAUAGAAUCGACCAAAUACUGGCGAGUUUAAUCCGUUUGGAAAAAUUGUAUGAAAGCGAGAAAAGCUUCGUUAAGGUUGCGUAGAUGUUUUGUGUGAUACACACCGAUGUAAGAAUUAUUAAUUGAUAUUUUAAAUUUGUUGGAAGUGCACGAUGGAUUUAGAAAAAUGUAAAAUAUGAGGGUGUGAUAUUCAAAGCAGAUUAUAGCAUUCCCUUAUUAAUUGGAUAGAGAGCAAAUUAUAAUAAGACAGAAAAUUUGAUUAUUUAUUUUUAUUAUUUUAUUUUUAAAGUUUUCUUUAUUUAGUACCAAAUCCAGCACAUAAAAGUAUGAAUAUAAAAAAUUUGAUGCAUUUCAAAGGCUUUAAUUCCAUCCAAAUAUAGUCAAAAUUGCGAAAUUUGCAGUUUUACGAACUCUAUUUUAACAUGCUGGCCACAGCGUAAAAACUCACAAGAUUCAGUACACUGCUUCACGAGAUAUUUUAUUUUAAAAAGGGUGUGACGCAUUUAUAAUUUAAGCUCUUAAAAAUACUUUUGGGAAUACAAAACGGAUAAUUGCAUUUAUUAUUACUCCAAGUAUUGUGCUGCAUGUUUUCUAACUAGCGUGGAGUACACUAUAUGUGAAAAUUGAGAAUAUAAGAAUAUUUUAAAACAGAUCAAUAAAGUACCAUGACAAAAUUGA